GACCAGAGUCAGUAGUCUCUUUUUAUACGCCAAACGCGGAUUCAAACACUCUUCAUUCUUUUCUUUUUCUCCUCUCUUGAAAAUCUUCUUCCAAGAACCAUCAAGAAACUUGUAUCUAUUUUGUAUCUAUAGCUCUUUAAAGAGUGCUUAAAAGGGUCUAUUUUGAGCUAGAAUCAUGUGUAUGAUAAUGUUGAAAUCCAAGAAUAAAGAGAGCAAGAACAAGAAGCAAUGCUAUAUAUCAGUGCCAUCUCAGAUUAUUACACCAUCUUCUCUGCAAAGCUUGCUGCUUUCUCCAAAGAAAGCUCCCAAGAGCUCAAGCUUCAAGAUUUUCAAGAACCCAAGAUUUUAUUUUUCUUUGAUUUUCUUGUUUGGGUUUCUUGGGAUGCUCAAGAUGUGGUACAAUAUUGACCCUUUUGUCCCUUUUUCACCAAACCCUUGUUCUUCUGCUUCUCACCAAGAAUCUUCAGUUUUGUCAAACGGGGUUUUGGGUUUUCAGCCUCAAUCAGCAGUUGUGGCAAAUGGGGUCUUGAAAUCUGAGCUUAAGAAUGGUGGGCUUGAGGCAAAAAUGGAGAAAAGUGAAGAAAAGAUUGAGUUUUGGAAACAACCUGAUGGGUUGGGGUAUAGGCCUUGUUUGGAUUUCAGUAGGGAAUAUGAGAAAGAAAGUGUGGGGAUCAUGAAGGAUAGGAGUAAGUACUUGGUGGUAGUUGUUUCUGGUGGUAUGAAUCAACAGAGGAAUCAGAUUGUUGAUGCUGUAGUCAUUGCUAGGAUUCUUGGAGCUGCUUUGGUAGUUCCUAUCUUGCAAGUCAAUGUCAUUUGGGGGGAUGAAAGUGAGUUUUCUGAUAUCUUUGAUGUGGAGCACUUCAAGAGUGUGUUGGCUAAUGAUGUAAGAAUAAUUUCAUCGUUGCCAUCUACUCAUGUGAUGUCGAGGCCAGUUGAGGAAAAACACACUCCUCUUCAUGUAUCACCGCAAUGGAUCCGUGCACGUUAUCUCAGAAGGAUGAGACGGGAAGGUGUUCUCCUUUUACGCGGUUUAGAUUCAAGGCUAUCUAAGGAUCUCCCUUCUGAUCUUCAAAAGCUUCGGUGCAAGGUUGCUUUUCAUGCCCUGAAAUUUGCUCCACCAAUCUUGGAUCUCGGUAAUAAACUUACUGAGAGGAUACAGAGCAAAGGGCCAUAUCUUGCACUUCAUUUGCGUAUGGAAAAGGAUGUAUGGGUCAGGACAGGCUGCCUUCCUGGUUUAAGCCAAGAAUAUGAUGAGGUGAUAAGCAAUGAGAGAAAGCUAAGACCGGAGCUAUUAACAUCAAGAUCGAACAUGACUUACCAUGACAGAAAGCUUGCUGGUCUCUGCCCCUUGAAUGCCUUGGAUGUCACUCGGUUGCUCAAAGCUCUGGGUGCACCAAAAAAUGUGAGGAUCUUUUGGGCUGGAGGCACACCAUUUGGUGGGAAAGAAGCACUUCUACCAUUGACUAAAGAGUUUCCUCAUUUUUACAACAAAAAUGACCUUGCAUUGCCUGGGGAGCUCGAGCCUUUUGCAAAUAAAGCCUCUAUUUUGGCUGCCAUUGAUUACAUGGUUUCUGAGAAUAGUGAUGUUUUCAUGCCUUCCCAUGGUGGCAAUAUGGGCCAUGCAAUCCAGGGACACAGAGCCUAUGCAGGUCACAAGAAGACCAUCAUACCAAACAAAAGACAGAUGGUUCCUUACUUUCUAAAUUCGUCGCUCCCUGAAGCAGAGUUCAAUAGGAUCAUAAUGGACUUGCAUCGGGAUUCUUUGGGUCAGCCAGAGCUCAGAACCAGCAAAGCAGGAAGGGAUGUCACAAAAUAUCCCAUCCCAGAGUGUAUGCGAAAUGAUUCUAGUAGAUAUACAAGCUUGUGAUAGUCCUUGAAAAAUGCAUUAAGACAUCAUUAUCGACAAAUUAUCACCGAGGAACUAACAGGCAACUCAACUAACAGUAGCCUGUUAGAGAACCCAAACAUGUCUGAAACUCAGCAGUAUGGUUUCUUGAAAUCCAUUUUUCAGCACAACAAUUUUGAAGGUAAGUAUCCAAAGUGCUUGUCUGCUGGUGGCAUUUUCCAUUGCUUCAAGAACGCUUUCUUUAUGGUGGUCGGACAUGGAGCUAAAGGGCAGAGAAAGAAGGGGGAGGGGGAUCAUUACUAUUAUUAUCAAAAUUAUUCAUUUUUUUAAAAAUCUGAUAACAUAAUAUGAUAUAUACUUAUUCAAUUCAUUUUUUGUAGGUUACCAUGUUGCUAUGUACUAUUGUACUGUGUAAAAUGUAUAUAUAAAUAAAGGGUUUACUUCCAUCAA